GCCGCUAACACCAGUGUGCCAGGCUCCCCCCAAAAAUAACUAGAUCUGUACAUUUGGGGUGAUUUUUCGGGUUAAAUCGGAUGCUCGGGUGGACCUGCGUGCUUGCUGGGUGCCAGUAAUUGCGCUCAUUACUGGUAAACAUCCGUGCAGUGAGGAAGUGGGAUGUGGCCGGACUGGAUCUCCAGUUAGGAUCUGCGACCGUGCUGUCCAACCCGGGCUCCAGUUUAAACCCCCUUGCAGUGCGGACGGGUAUAAAAAGCCCCGCGAUGGCACCCAGAGGACGAACUGGGAGUCAGAUCCACAACAGGCGAGUCGUAAGUAAUCGUUAGACUGGGAGAAUGGACUCGUCGGUAGCACUGGGCAGGCUGGAGCUCGGGCGCGCGGCUGCCGUGCCACCGGGAGCGCGCCUGAGGGACAGGAGCGCGCAGCAGCAGAGCGCGGGGACGCGCCCUCGCCCCGGCGGCUGUGUCCCCCUCUCACAUCAAGUGGCCGGACACAAGUAUGGCGUGGAUAAAGUAGGUAUCCUGCAGCAUCCCGAUGGAACCGUCUUAAAGCAGCUCCAGCCUCCGCCCAGAGGUCCCAGAGAGCUGAAGUUCUACAGCAUGGUUUGCGCCGAGGACUGCCGUGAUCCCUGCCUGCUGGACCUGCAGAAGCAUCUUCCUAAAUACUACGGCACGUGGUCUCCUCCAGACAACCCCACAGAGCUCUACCUGAACCUGGAGGACGUCACGCGGCGCUUCAGGAAGCCCUGCAUCAUGGACGUGAAGAUCGGCCAGCGCAGCUACGACCCCUUCGCCUCGCAGGAGAAGCGGGAGCAGCAGAUCAGGAAGUACCCCCUGAUGGAGCAGAUCGGGUUCCUGGUACUGGGGAUGAGGGUGUACCAGGUGGGCUUGGACAGCUUCGACACGUACGACCAGCACUACGGCCGGGGUCUCGUCGAGGACACGGUCAAAAACGGUCUCUCCAAGUUCUUCUACAACGGCGAGACGCUGCGCCGGGACGCCGUCGCCGCCAGCCUCGUCAGGGUGCGGAACAUCCUGGGCUGGUUCGAGAGCCAGAGCCAGCUGAACUUUUACGCCAGCUCUCUGCUCUUCGUCUACGAGGGGCUUCCGUCGUCCACGGGGAAGAGAGGCGGCGCGCCGCAGAAGAACGAGGAGGUCCUGGAGUACAACAACAACAUCAAGCAGAGCCUCUCCAGCGUGUACAGGAACGGCUGCGAGGAGGAGAUCACGGAGUACGGGAAGGAGGAGGAGGAGACCACGGAGGUGGAGGUGAGAAUGAUCGACUUCGCUCACGUCUUCCCCAGCAAGGUGCACGACCACGGCUACGUCUACGGCCUGAGGAACCUGCUCAAGGUGCUGCAGCAGAUCCUGGACGACUGAAGGUUCCUCAUGUAGGUCCUUUCAUCUCAACAGAGGAAAAACUCUUAGAAUUUUAGGUUGGGGGGCUUGGGGGGGGGGUUGUAUAGGUCCUGUUUUUUCCUCUGAUCAGAGCCCUCGAGUCUGCACUACCUGGAGUGUAAUGAAGUACCACAUUUUAAAGCUCGGUCUAAUAGAUCUUCGUGUGUGUGUGUGUGUGUGUGUGUGUGUGUGUGUGUGUGUGUGUGUGUGUGUUGAAAGCAGCUCUGCGCUCUUGUGUAUUUUACUCAGGUAAACUAAUUCCGUAGUCAUGUACUGUUUUGCUUCAGCUGAUUUAAAGAUGAUUUAAUGUUUUUUAUUUUAAUCAUAACUCAAAUCAUCGUUUACUCAAAUCCUGCUAUUCAGACAAGAUCUGGCAUUUGGCGGAUCCUUUUAUUGAAAGACCGGGAGUAAGGGCCUUGCUUAGGGGCCCAACUUUACAUUGGUUAGGCUUAAACAUAGUCCAGCACCUUUACUGCUGAGCUACCACUGUCCUGUAUACAGUAUAUACGCUAUAUAGCGGCCUGUCCAUUCAAUUGAGCAUUUCUAGCGUAGACUCAAGACCCACUGCGACCCUGACCAGAAUGAAAUGAUUACUAAAUAUUAAUAAAUUAUUUUUAUAAUCAAUAAAAUUAAUUUUAUUCAGAUUCUGAACAGACAGCGCUUAAAAAGAUUAAAGCGUUCGGUAUCUGACUGAAACAUCAGCACCACCUGGUGGUGCUCAACGGAACUGCAGCUGUUUUUCUCUAGAAAAAUAGAAUUAAUUCACUGUCUGUUUUACCGUCGCGUUAUCCUGGUCAGGGUCACGGUGGGCCUGAUUCACUGGCUGAGCACCCCAGACAGGUGGGAGGAAACCAGAGCCCCGGAGGAAACCCUUAAAGAUUCAGGGAGAACAUGCAAACCCCACACAGAAAAACCUUGCUGUGAGUCUGAAUAGCAGGUUUUGGAUCUCCAUGUUCUUCUAGACUAUAGUUCAUUAACCUUUGCUGCCAAACCGACCCUGCCUGUGGAUGAAACCCUGUUGACGUGUCGUGAUUUUUUAAAUCUCAUACAGAACGUUUCUUAUGUAUAUAUACGGUAUUAAAUAUUUUGUGACUGACGAUGCAAUUUAAUUUAAUUUUUAUGUUUUAUAUAUUUGGUCAGUUCUGUUGAUAGUUUCUUCCUGCUGUGUAUGACUGAGGAGUAAAUGUGUAAGAUAACCUAUAAGUAAUGUAUAUAAUUCACUUCCUGCUAUGUAAGUGGCUUUAAGUGUGUUUUAAUGAUGUCCAGUCAGCUCAAAGUGUUCGGAUUGGUGCCAUCGACCAGCCAGCAGAGGUCGCAAUUGCAGCAUUUGUGAUGAAUCCUUGCAGCCCUCCGUCCCUCAGGCACAGCCAGUUAUGUCUGUGUAGGUGCCCGGCCGAGAGAUAGAACACAAACCACCAUGCGCAUUUUCUAUGCAGUCCCCCUUCCCCAAUUGUCCUCCCAAUUUAGUCAUAUCUAAUUACCUUUACUGCCCGACACGUGUGCAGUACCGACCGCUUCUUUUCACCUGCACCAGAGAUCCGUAUUGCGCAUGGAGAGUCACGCACCGAUCUCCAUUAUCGCUGUCUUUGUGCAGCACCAUCGAUCAGCCAGCAGAGGGCGUAACUGCAGCAGUUGUGAGGAAUGGCAAACGUAAGGUUGUGGGUUUGAAUCCCCACUGCCAUGCAGCCACUGACAGGCUCUGACCCCAAGCUUCCAAACAACAUGGAUGUAAAUAUGACAAAUAGAGAUUUUAAUCACAUAAAAAGCCUUUAAAUUAAAUUAAAUAAAAAGAGGAGAUGAGGAGGAGUAAACGGUGUGAGAGAUAAAUAAUAAAACACACUUAAAUUUAUGAUCGCCACAGAUUUUUUCUUUUCUUUUAUUCAUUAGAUGUAUGAUUUUAACUGGUGACCGCGUCUGUAAUGAUUUUAUACCUGCGUAUGCUUUUCAUUAUUGUUGCUGCUGGAUUUUAUUUGUAAUAUCUUUGCAAUUUUCUUUAUGGGCAUUGAAAGUUUGUGUUAAACAAACGGAUUAAUCUGUGCGUAAUCACUGUACAAGCUGAUGUGGUUCAAAAUCAGUGGAAUUUAUUCAUCAUCUCAGUAAAAAUCCUUUUAUUUUACUACAUGACUGCAAAAAUCUGGACAGUAUUUUUGUUGAAAAACAAACACAGUAUGUUGUUGAAACAUGCAGCUCGUGUUCUGACCUCGCCUCGACUGUAGAACCGGCUUUUUAACAUUCCCCGUUCCUUCUGAGCCCGGAAAUGAGGGAACGAGGCCACGUGUUCUCAUGGUGAAAGGAAAAUUGGAAUUUUGUGUCUUCUGGGAAAGUCGGUCUGACCUGCGUGUUUAAUUCCAGGCUCAGGAACAGUCAGUCAGGGUGUUACGGGACUUUCGAGUCAGUGUUUGAGGGAAGGUUUCGGGCCCCUGUGUGUUUUUAUUUACACGGCCAGUCGCAGCUCAUGUUUACCGUUCUGCUAUCUGUAAUUUGAUGACUAAAGGAAACAGAAUAAACUGUACGACGUCCGUAUCGACGUUUCUGCUGUAAACUGAUCCGAGCUUCUCUCUCUUUUUAAUUUUAGCACUCGGCUGAUUUCUGUGCUGGUGCUCGGUGCGCUUUAAUUAUUUUCUUGACUGGAACUGGCUAAUUCUGGCGCCCGUUAGCCCACCGUCGCCGAGAUCCGGGCUCGAACCUGUGCGGUGCUGUCGGCCAACCGGGCACCUGCACAGACGUGAUCGAAUAGUGGGUGUCCUUGUCUCACACUCAGUGUUUCCUGGUGGAUGAAAUGAAAUGGAAAAGAGAAACAGGUUCAUCCUUAGAUCCUUGUUUAUUCUGCUGUGUAGCUGGACUUAAUCAACUGCUUACUCUGUACACCCGAUAAUGGUAAUUCCGAUUUCUGAGGGUUCGAAUCCCGGGCUGGGCUUACAUACACAUACACAGAUGGGCUCAUGGCAUUGAGGGGACACAUCAGUGCCCACUUAGUGCAAGUUCCAUGCCAGGACAAAUAGGAGGGUUGAAUUAGGAAGGGCACUGUGCCCAAAAAUGUGGGCGGAUGAUUCGCUUUGGCGCCCUCUAGUGGGAGCAGCUGAAAGGAACCAUCUCAGUCUCGUUCAGUUACAUGGACAGUGUGUUUUGGGGGGUAAAAAUGACUCUGGUAUUUGAGGUAAAUUCUCCUGUCAGCAUUCGGUACAAAAUUCACUUUUGGGUCUUUGGUUUUAUUUUCUGUGGCGGUCAGUUGGAACAUGACUGGAACACACAGGCACAUGUGAGGACGGUAUGAACUUAACGGGGAACGUUCUCCUCUGUGAGACCUUUGCAAAGUUCUCUAGGUCGAGGAUCUAGAGGGGAAAUGGUUAUGACUCGACGAGCUCAGAUCAAAUCCACUAAAUUAACAACAGCGUUUGUAGUAUACAUGUAGAUCAUGUAAUAAUGUACUCAUAUAUCAGAUGUAUAGUUGGCAAAUCUAUUAUUAUUAAUAAAAGUAAUGAAUACA